AUGGCCGAAAACAAUGAUGUUGUGCAAUUGCCCAUCUGGCUAAAGGAGGAACUAUUCGAAAAUGUGCUUCGUCAGCAUUAUGAGCAAUUUGAAAAAAUUAUAUGUUUCAAGGCCAUUCCAGGUCUUAACCCUGGUGAAAAUUACUCCACAAUUAUGUUGCGCCUACUCUUUGAAGUGGAACUCAAGGAUCAGUCGAUUGAAAAAGUAAGCUAUAUGCUGAAAACUCCACACGAUUUUGAAAUGUAUCGCGAGAUCUUAAAGAAGAACAACAUGUUUGUAAUCGAAAGAGAUAUAUUUUUAAGUGUGGUGCCAGAGAUCGAGCAGAUGUAUAGUGAGGCAGGUCUCGACGUGAAGUUUGCCGCCAAAGGCUAUGAAAUCGAUGCACCGGAUAACUAUGUCCUACUAGAGGAUUUGGGUCCUCGUGGAUUUAAGAACGCUGAUCGCUUGGAGGGACUAGAUAUGGCACACACCUUAAGUGUCCUCAAGAAAUUGGCACAGUGGCAUGCGGGAUCAGCAGCGCGCAUAGCAUUGAAGGGUCCUUAUACCCAAUAUUAUCUGCAGCCCAAAUAUGGGGACAGCAUGAGAGAAGACAUUAGACCCAUAAAUGUAACCUUUGGCAAUUAUCUCUUCAAGUGUCUACCCUUGUACGAAGGCUAUGAAAGCUACACCGCGGCUGUGCAUAAAAUUCAACCAAAACUUAUUGAUCUGGUGCACGACAUGGCCGAUCCCGAUCCGCAAGAUUUUAAUGCUAUUAAUCAUGGUGACCUGUGGACGAAUAAUAUUAUGUUUAGAUAUGACGCAGAGUCGAAUGCGCCGUCCGAGACUUACUUUGUAGAUCUCCAGUUGCCAAAAAUUACGAGUGUAGCCUGGGAUCUAAUUUAUUUCCUACUCGGGUCUCCUCAAUUGCAACUGAAAUUGAAUCAUUUUGAUUAUUUUAUAAAAUACUAUCAUGAUCAGCUGAUCGAACACUUGACGCUACUUAAGUACCCGACGGAAAAGCUGCCCAGUCUGCGAUUUCUUCACAUGCAACUCCACAAAUACGGAUUUGUUGGAUAUCAUACAGUUUUGGUCCUAUGCCCUCCUCUAUUGUUGGAUCGCACCAAUGACGCCAAUCUCACUGAUUUUGUGACAGAAACUGAAAACGGAGAUGAUUUAAAAUUGAGGAUGUAUUCGAACGCAAAAUAUAAGCAGCAUGCUGGUGCUAUACUCACCUGGUUACAUAACCGCGGAGCCUUGGAUUUCUGAAAUACAUAAGUUUGCAAGAAAUAAAUUAAUAUCUGCGCCCA